UUCAGCCUUCGUUUCCACUCCAAAUCUUUGUGGAACACCAAUUCACUCUUCCUUAUCCAGCCCUAGCUACUCUUUUCGACCCACUGCCGCCUCUCCGUCGAGCCACUGCCGCGUCCGUCCGUCGAGCUCGGCCACCGUUCGUCCGUGUAGCCACUGCACCCAAGUCUCCAACUCCCCUGCUCUCUUCUUCGGCGAGCUCGCCCCAUCUCCUACUCUUUGCAUCUUCCUGCCGUCGUCUGGUUGGUGUCGUCUAUCAGUGAAGGGUCUGUCGGCGUCGUCUUCGAAGUUGAACCACGAUUAGACCGGUUGAACUAACAAACCAGUGACUAGAAUGGUUUUAUGACCGGUCCGGUUCUCAGAACCUUGCUUACACCUUCUUCAACCAACACUUUCAUCAGCAUCGGCUUCGGUGCAGCACAAAGUGACUUUUUUUCUAGGAUCUGACUCUUUGUAACUCAACAUAGCUUGCGUCAGAGACAUGGACGAGAUUAAUCGAUGGGCAGACAUUAAUGAAGAUUUGUUUAAAGAAAUUUCAAAACGAUUCCAUGCCUACGAUGAUUACAUCCGGCUUCGAUUGGUUUGCAAAGAGUGGAGCUUGAAACAUCCAAAGAUUCCCAAUGGAAACAAAAUUCCGUGGUUAUUGUUACCUGACGAAACUGUCAAGAAUUAUUCCUACGAAGACGAGGAGAUUCAUCAUCUCAUGCAAUUAGGUGCUGCAGAUGAUGAAACUCUUGAUACUUGUGCCCUUGAAGAGAAAGAUAUUUACCAUAUCAUGCUGUCAGAGAUGCAGUCGUACAACAAGUUCGUUCGCGGUUCUGGUCAUGGAUGGUUGAUUGUCCAAUCCAUAUCUGAUGGCACUAUGCAAAUGUUAAAUCCAUUUACAAAUCAUAGUUUGGAUCUUCCUCCAGUCUCAACUUUACCCACUAUAAUUGAUUACCAGCCUGAUAAUCAUGGGGAUGAAUACACAAUGUGGGAUUUUCGUGACAUUAGGAUCACCCUGGAUAGAGAUAGAACACAUAGAUUCCAAGUUGAAAAGGUUAUUAUAAACUCAUCUCCUGAGCAUGACAUUGAAAAUUUUAUGGCGGUGGUGAUAUUCGGACCUAACCAGCGAUUGGCCUUUUACAAGCCUGGCAAUAUGAGAUGGGUAGAAUUUCCAACCAGAGAUAAGGGGUUUAAUGACGUAAUAUUUUUCCAAGGAAAGAUAUAUGCCAUAAACAAUUACGGGCAGCUAUAUGAAUUUUAUACAAACACAAGAGCAGGGCUUAAGGGAGGAAUCCAUGAAACCAGACCACCAUCUGAAAUUCCCGUAGGCCCUCUCAGGCUUAAAUAUCUUAUUGGGUGCACCAAUGGAAGUUUAUUGAUGUUGACAAGAUAUGUUAACCUUCCCUUGGGGAAGGAAUUAGGGACUUCCAAAUUCGAUAUCUAUGAGUUAAAAAGAAACGGGAAAGAAUGGUCAACAUUAGAUAAUUUAGGUGACUAUAUACUAGUGAUUGGAUAUAAUUCAUCUGUUCAAAUUUCUGUGCCUUUUCUAAGCAAAGGAAAUCAGAUUUGGUUUACAAAUAACCAAAUGGAGUUGCAAUCAUCAUUUUACGAUCCUGUUGCCCAAGAUAUCGGCAUCUUCGACUUGGACCAUGGAAAUUUCCAGAGAGUUUUGUUAGAUGUGAAGUUCUUUUGUCCUCCUGUUUGGUUGUUAUCCUAAUUCAUACUCCUUAAGCUUUUGUCCUUGUACUUUAAUCUUUUCAAAUUUCAAGUCUUUUAAUUUGUUUAGACUAUUUAUUACAUAUCCUUAAAAUGUUAGUUCUCCCCGUAUGGUGAAUACAUGUUUGCAAAUUAUUAUGA